AUGGGUGCUGGGCAAUCUCAAGAACAGCGUGUAACUUUCGAAAAGCAGCCUGAUGGUGGCGUUUUUGUGCUAUCACAGAAAGCUCUGGAACAGUUAUCAAAUACAUCAGCGCAAGAUUUAGCUCAAAAUGAUAAAGUUAAGAAAUUAAUGCACAAGGCUUAUACGGAGGGCAUGCGGCAUGAAAAUGAACGAAUGGAAAGAAUGAAAUUUCAAGAGAUAUCAGAGUUAAAUGCUAAUUGGCAGGAAGAAGUGGAUAAAUUAAAGCAAGAGGCCGAGGUUGAAAAGAAGGUAACAGAGGAAGAAUUUAAUAAAGCAGCGGAAGAAUUUGGUCAAAAAUUUAAGGAGCCCAUCAAUGUAGGUGUUUGUCAAGAUUUACAAGAUGCACUCGUAGAAUGCUUAAGUAAAAAUAAUUCCAAGCCGUUAAUAUGUUCGAAAGAAGUACAGGCCUUCAGUAAAUGCGUCGAUAGCUAUAAACUCGUAAUACCAUUGUAA